GAAGUGGGAAAAAAGAGCGAAAUAGACGAAAAACCCUCCCUUGAUGAUAAAACCCAAAACCCUACUACUGUCUGCAAAAUCCCCAUCUUAACCCUCUCUCUGCCUCUGCUUCUUCUUCCUCCUUAUAUCUCCGCCAUUUUCGUUGUCUAGCUUAUGAGUUGCACAACUUUUGGUUCUGUAUUUCUCUUCUCUUCCUCUAUGUGACUCUUCAAGGAAUUUCACUCCUGCUGACUGAGAGAGUGCGAAUUAUGGAAAGUUAAUAUAAUCGAGAGUAAAAUCGGUGGUAAGAGCUAUUGAAGAAUACGAGAGGCCAUGGCGAUUAAGAAGAAAACGGCUCUCCAGCUUGAAGCUCUUGAGAAAUUCUACGCAAAGCAUAAGUAUCCUUCCCAAGGUGCAAUCAAGGAGAUUGCUGCUGUCUUGGGAUUGUCAUGUAAGCAGAUCCGAGGAUGGUUUAUAGAGAAGAGGAAGAGAGACAAAACUAUUGGCACAAUUGUAGUAACAUCUCGAGUUACCAAUAGAGAACAAUCUGCAGCUGCAUCAUCUUCUAAAUUCAUCAAACCAAUUAUUAUCCAGGAGCUAUUGACUGCAGACUACAUUCUGCAAAAGAUUUUUCGCAAGGAUGGGCCUCCUCUUGGUGCAGAAUUUGACUCUCCUCAAUCCAGAGCAUUUUUAUUCCGCAAAGCUUCUAGAAAUUCUCUCCUUGGUUGCCAAGAGACACAAAGAGCAACAAAAAGGAGAAAGGUUUCAAAGCAUGUUCUUAUAGAUCAUGAGGAUUCUGAUAAGAGUGCUCCAGUAAGGAAACAUGGUGUUGGGAAAGGUUUGAUGACAGCUUGGCGUGUGACUAAUCCUAAUGGAGGAUAUUUUCCUACUGGCGUAACUCAUAUUUCGACUCCUGCACCAUCGAAACCACCACGCCAGAACAAAAAACCCCGACAAUUUGCCUCUAUUAUGAAACAGAGAAAGUUGGAAAACAAAUUAAAGGAUAGCAAGAAACAUCCUGUCAAAACAAGAGGGGGGGAACAUGCAAAGGAUGUAUUACAGAAGCCAACACAGAAAGAAAGAUGCAAACUUGCUCUGGAAGGAGUGGCGUCUCAUGAACAUCUCAACCAAUUUACAACGUUAGUGGAUGAUGAAGAGCUGGAGUUGAGAGAGUUACAAGCAGGCCCAAAUCCACAAACAUGUGAACAUUUUGCUGCCAAUAGACUACGUGGUUGUUUGUUUUGCAGAGAUGUUCUGCCAAAAUUUCCUCCAACUUCUGUUAAGAUGAAGUCACCAUUUGCGAUGCAACCUUGGGAUUCUUCACCCGAGACAGUCAAGAAACUGUUCAAGGUCUUCCAUUUCCUUUAUACUUAUUCUGUUACGGUUGAUAUAUGUUCCUUUACUCUUGACGAAUUUGCGCAAGCGUUUCACUAUAAGGAUUCCUUGUUACUUGGAAAGAUUCAUGUUUCCCUUCUGAAGCUACUUUUGUCUGAUAUCGAAACAGAGCUUAACAGUGGUCUUUGGCCCAAUCUGAGCAUAUCGUGCAAAUUUCUUGCAUUACUUCAUUCGGUUGAAAAUCAAUUAUAUGUUCUGGAGUUCUGGAGGAAAUCUCUGAACCCUCUUACAUGGAUAGAAAUACUUCGUCAAGUAUUACUGGCAGCUGGUUUUGGAUCAAAGAAAGGCUCCUUGAGGAAGGAACCCCUUAGCAAGGAAAUGAGCCUCAUGAAGAAGUAUGGCCUACAUCCUGGUACUAUGAAAGGUGAAUUGUUCAAGCUCCUGUUAGAGCAAGGAAAUAAUGGGUUGAGAGUUUCUGAGCUGGCGAAGUCUUUGCCUAUUGUUGAAUUGAAUCUUGGUCGCACAACGGAGGAGCUGGAACCAUUGAUAUGUUCAACUCUUGCAAGUGAUAUCACCUUGUUUGAGAAGAUCUCAUCAUCUGCAUAUCGUCUACGCAUCAGUUCAGCAAAGGAAGCCAAUGAUUCUCAAUCAGAUACUGAGGACACUGGAAGUGUGCAUGAUGAUUAUAUUGAUUGUGGGUCAUCCAGCAGCAGCGAUUCUGAGUGUGAUUCAGGAAAUUUCAGUCCCAAAAUACUUGAACAUCAUUCUCAUAAAAGUAAAGGUAACGUGCUUUCUGUGUACACCGAAAUUGACGAGAGCCAACCUGGAGAAGUGUGGUUGCUAGGACUUAUGGAAGGAGAAUAUUCUGAUUUAAGCAUCGAUGAAAAGUUGAACGCCUUAGUGGCUCUGCUUGAUAUUCUUAGCGCUGGAUCCAGUAUUAGAGUUGAGGAUCUGCCAAUAUCUACUGUAGAAUCGAUUCCCAAUAUUCGCAAUUAUGGUUCUGGAGGAAAAAUAAAGAGAUCAUCAUCACAGAAACGUGACAUGCCCAGACCAUCCUGGGUCCAUGGACAAAUGCCUGAUGUAAAAGAAGCCCACACAUCUUUGGAGUUUAACCCAGUUGAUUCUUCUGUGUCAUUCUCAAAGUCCUAUAGUAAGGAGGAUUCCCCUAGUGCAGGAAAAGAAUCACAAGAAACAGAAGCUGCAAUUGGUUUACACCCAAUGCAAUCUAUAUUUUUGGGGUCUGAUCGUAGAUACAACAGAUACUGGCUUUUCUUGGGUCCUUGUGAUGAAUAUGAUCCUGGCCAUAGAAGGGUCUAUUUCGAAUCUUCUGAAGAUGGUCACUGGGAAGUGAUUGAUACCGAAGAGGCCCUGAGUGCCUUAAUAUCAGUUUUGGAUGACAGAGGUACUCGGGAGGCUCAUCUUAUUGAAUCUAUGGAGAAGCGAGGAGCUUCUCUCUGCCAAGCAAUGUCAAGUAGAAUGGCAAAUGAUGCCAGAAUCAAGCUGUUGUCACAUGCUGAUCACUCUGGUUUGGAAAUAGUAAGAGAAGCUAGUUCUUCUCCUGUGUCUGAUGUGGACAACCUAUGCCUGGCCGAGGUCUCAAAAGAUUUGGUACCUCCAUGUGGUGCUAUAAGUCUUGAAGUUGGGAAGAAGGGGGAAGAUCAAAACCGGAAAUGGAGUCGUCUCCAAGAAUUUGAUUCUUGGAUUUGGAAACAUUUUUACUUGGAACUUAACACAGUGAAAUAUAGCAAAAGGUCUUAUAUUGAUUCGCUCACUAAAUGUGAAACUUGUCAUGAUCUGUACUGGAGAGAUGAGAAGCAUUGUAAGAAUUGCCAUACCACAUUUGAACUCGACUUUGACCUAGAAGAACGAUAUGCCGUCCAUAUAGCGACUUGUAGGGAGCAAUGUUGCGAUGAUGUGUUUCUGAAGCAUAAAGUCCUGUCAUCCCAGCUGCAAUCGUUGAAAGCUGCAGUUCAUGCUAUCGAGUCCGUUAUACCAGAAGAUGCCAUGGUGGGUGCUUGGACAAAGUCUGCUCAUUGGUUAUGGGUCAAACGCAUCAGGCGCACAUCUUCUUUGGUGGAGCUUUUGCAGGUUGUUACUGACUUUGCUGCUGCAAUUAAGGAGGAUUGGCUACGUGAAUUUCAUGUUGCUGAAGGCUCAGAUACUGUUCUGCAAGAAAUUAUUGCAUGUUUUCCAAGUAUACCUCAAACCUCAUCUGCAUUUGCACUCUGGUUGAUGAAAUUGGAUUCAUUAAUUGCACCAUAUAUGGAAAAGGCUCGUUCUUUAAAAAAUCAGGAAACGCAGUCCAAAUGUACAGGUACUCGUGCUGCAAAGCAAUAGAUUUUUUCACAAUCUGGAGCUAAUGCAAGUGGCAAUACAGGUACGAAAUAUUGUAGGCAUUCAGCUGUGUAGGACAAAUGUAUUUGCUCUCUGUUGCCUGCUUUUGAAGCAGUAAAACAGUUCAUUGUGCCAAUUUUACUUUUGAAUAGAAUGCAAGGAUGGAAUGCAUGCAUCUUUGUAAAAAGCAGAGGCUAUGACCAUUUAAAUUUUUUGACCGUUGCUGUACUUCGCCAAUUUAAGUAAUAAAAUGUUGUACAGCACAGAGAUGGAUAAAUAUAGAGAGGAAACCAAGUUUUUGGUUAACGAACGUUUACCUUGUUCCCUGUAAUAGCAAAAUAACCUUCAUUGAUAUUUUGCCGGGAA